AUCUCUAAAGAGAUCAUGAGCUGUAGGAGUUUAGCCCUGAGUUGUCAGCCUUGGCAGCAUCGUGUGUCGGCUUUCUGCCUGAUGUUCGCAUGUGUCGGAGUCAGUGUGGCUUUCGGUCCAAAUAAACUGGAGGAGGAAGAUUAUGAAGAUGUCCCCAUAAAUAAGACCUGGGUACUAUCGCCCAAGGUCUAUGAAAGUGAUGUCACCUUGAUCCUAAACACGUUAUUGCAGGGUUAUGACAACAAGCUCCGGCCUGACAUUGGAGGCAAACCGACGGUGAUUGAGACAGCGGUAUAUGUUAAUAGUAUUGGACCGGUUGACCCCAUAAAUAUGGAGUACACCAUUGACAUAUUCUUUGCCCAGACGUGGUAUGACAGCAGGCUGAAGUUCAACAGCUCAAUGAAGCUCCUCAUGCUCAACAGCAACAUGGUUGGAAAGAUCUGGAUCCCUGACACCUUCUUCCGCAACUCCAGGAAGUCAGACGCCCACUGGAUCACGACGCCCAAUCGGCUUCUGCGGCUGUGGAGCAAUGGGCGGGUCAUGUACACAUUGAGGUUGACAAUUAAUGCGGAAUGCUACCUUAAACUGCAUAACUUUCCUAUGGACGAGCACUCGUGUCCGCUGGAGUUUUCGAGCUAUGGGUACCCAAAAAACGAGAUUCUCUACCGCUGGCAGAGGAGGUCCGUGGAAGUGGCUGAUCAGCGGUACUGGAGGCUGUACCAGUUCGCGUUCGUCGGCCUGCGCAACACGUCAGACGUAGCACACACUCAAUCGGGGGAAUAUGUCAUCAUGACCAUCUUCUUUGAUCUGAGUCGGCGGAUGGGCUACUUCACCAUCCAGACUUACAUCCCCUGCAGCAUGAUUGUGGUUCUGUCCUGGGUCUCUUUCUGGAUCAACAAGGAUGCCGUUCCAGCCAGGACAUCGUUAGGGAUCACCACAGUAUUGACCAUGACCACCCUCAGCACCAUAUCCCGGAAAUCACUCCCCAAAGUGUCGUAUGUGACGGCCAUGGAUCUCUUCGUCUCCGUCUGCUUCAUAUUCACCUUCGCUGCGCUCAUGGAAUACGGAACGCUCCACUAUUUCACGAGCAACAGGCAGGCAAAGAAAUCCAAAUCCAGCAACGUACAGCAGAAAUCCACUGUGGUUAACAUCCGGCCAGGGCCAUCGCUACUGCAGAUGAACAACAUCGCCCCCUACCAUGAAGAGGACGACUAUGCGUAUGAAUGCCUGGACGGCAAAGAUUGCACCAGCUUCUUCUGUUGUUUUGACGACUGCCGCUCAGGUGCUUGGCGAGAGAAUCGCAUGCAUGUCCACGUGUCCAAGAUCGAUUCCUACUCACGAAUAUUCUUCCCCACUGCAUUUGGCCUCUUUAACCUCGUCUACUGGGUUGGGUAUCUCUACUUAUGAGAUGCAAAGUCAGUUAUUCAAAUAAUCAAAUAUUUUAUGAUGAUCUUUCUCCUCACUACAUCCCAUAUUAAAAAAGAAAUGGGGAUUCACAAAAUAAAUGUAUUGAUACUUACGAGAAGCAGCGUUUUUAGUCCAAAAUGGCAGGAAAUAAUAGACUCUGACCCCAUUAGAAUUGAAAAAAAGAACAAGGAAAAACUAUGUAACUGAUGUAAGAACUCUGACGAUACAGUGUGAUGUUUUAGAGGCAAAAUAGAACUUGUUAAAGUUUUCGGUUUAGCAGUACAUACCGAAAAGAAUUACGCUGUCAGCCCACCUAUUAAAAAACUAUGAGAACCCAGAUGGCAGCCCAGCAAAAAAAAAAUAAUAAUAAAAAAAAAAAAACCAACAGCUGUUCUCCGUCAUAAAAUCAUUGGGGAAGAAAUCAGAUAUUUCACUUUGCCUACAGAGCUACACAUUGCAUCGCAAAAUCGGCACUGUGGCUGGAGUCGGAUUUCCUGAGUACGGCCUGGUCAUUUCCUGUGGGCUGCAUGCUCCCCCAUCUCAGCUGAAAUUGUACUGACCAUAGCAAUAACAACAGUAUGGAUCAUGUUAUCUCUUCUCUGUUUGUAGCUUUUGGUUUGCGGUUUACAGCACAUUCUAGGAGCUGAAAAAGAGUGAUAUGUCGUUAUCUUUCCAUCAGCCUUUUUCAUUUGUUUUUACUUCUGUAGUCUUACAUUUAUCUAUGAUGAAAAAGAACUGUGAGAGUAAAGUCUGAUUCCUAGCAAUUUAAAUAUAAUAUAUAUCAAAAAAUAGCAUACAGAAACUCCUAAGCAUUUGUUUUUGUCCAAAAAUAUUUUUCUCCGCAUUUGUCCCAAAGCUUUCCAUAAUUUAACACGCGGAUGCAUUGACACUCAAAACCAGUUCUGUUUUGCAUCUUAAAUUUUCAGCUUUUGUUUUUUUUAUUUGUAUUAUUUUAAUAAAUAUUGGACAUCUGAUCACAUUCAGCCAUGAUUAGUCUGCUUGCACCCAGACUAAUACCAUUAUUACUAAACUUAGUUUUUUUCUUAGUAUUAUACUGAUGAUGUUUUCUGUAUAGUUUCCAUGUAUUCAUAAAAGUGAAAAUAUAUUUUUUCAGUGUUAACAAGGUCUAAUUUUGCUGGUAAACAGUAGGGGUGGUAAAUUUAAAAUAGGUAAAAUGAUGUGUGAUAGAGGUUAUAGUACUUAUGUACCCUCAGGAUAUUUCAACUUUAUCGCAUUUGGGAAAAAGCUUUGAUGUUUGUCAAAAAAACAUAUAUUUAUGGUGACAUAUUUCACUAUGAAUAGUACUGAACAGACAUUUCUAUUAUGCAGCUAAGAUUAAACUAUAGAAAAAAACUGAACAAAUGGAAUAUGUAUCACAUAUAGAAAAAAGUAAUAAUUUUAUUUUGAUAUUCAUUUAUAUUUCAAGCUGCUAUAUAUUACAAGCUUGUCAUUGAACCAUAUAACUGUGAAAAAUGCAUUAACCCACUUUGAUUAUUACUGUGAGGUGAGAAUGUCAUGGGGGUACUGUCAUGAAGUGUUUCUGAGUCCUGUUCUUACUCAGUGCAAUGCGAUGAAUUCAUGACUCCCUCAAAGCCAUAAAGCACGACACAGUUUAGGUAGAACCUGAACACCCAUUAACAGAACCUGAACACCCAUUAACAGAAUUGACAAUGAACUUUGUGUGGUUUUGUAUUUCUUUGGUUUCAAUGUCUGAUGAUUCCUGCAACCUACUGAUGCUACCAUUUUUAAUUUCCAGCAUAUAGUUACUGAACACGGUGCAGUAAAAGUACAAUAAAAAGCUUAUGAGAGAGUAGCGGGGUGUCCCAAUAUUCCCCUAAUGUUCCCGACACUAAAUUUAGUAUCUGUGAAAGAUAGAGCCGAGGGCCUAGUCAUUUAGCAACCACUGGGCUUCGAAGCACCAGUGACAUUCCCACUAAGCUCAAUCUGUAUUAGGAAAGAAUAGUGCUUUGUAACAAUGGUCUGUGAAAUUUAGGUAAGUACCUUCUGGGCAAGCAUCAGUAUUUUGUCUGAAUAUUUAUGGAGGUGAAAACUUCGAGCCAUAUCUCUGUUUACUGAGGAGAUGUACUGUUUCUGUAAGUUACCCGUCGGUCUUUGCCUAGAGGACUGAUUGUGACGUCACAUUUCAGAUGUGCCAAAUAUGUCUUUCAUGAUAUUUCUUGAGAUUUAUUUCUUGUAAUUCACAUGAAAAGGAAGGAGUCACAUUUCAUUUUGAAGUUCCAAAUGUCUUGGCUCCAGAAAUAUGUAAGGCCACUUUUGGUUUAAAAAUGUUUUUUCUACAUAUUUAAGUAUGCAGCUGUAAGGUCAUCUCAGAAGUGAAACAAGUGUUGAGGUACUUUUCCAGUUUACUUUUAUGUGCUAUUGUUUACUUUAAGUCUGAUUUCACUGGAAAGAUAAGCAUUGACUCUUUUGACAUCUGUUGUGUACAUAUAUGUAUAUUUGUACAUACCCAUUGUCAUUGUCUGUUACAAUGUUGUAUAUACACAUAUAUAAACAUCAUCAACAAAAACAAUAUUUAUACAUGUAAUGUAGGAUAAUUUUACUAGUCUACACAUUAUAUACACCAGUAGUUCAUGUAUAUGUAUAUGACAGGUAUUUUGAAUUAAACAGUUUUUUUCCUGAGCCAAAUUUAUGGAGCAGUUAGUUGUGGCUGCUGUCGGUUCUUAGUUUUUAUAAAUUUAUCCAGUUUAAGUUCACUACCGUAUAUGCAUUUUCCCUGGCUUUGAUUCUAUUUAGCCGGUAAAAAUGGGUAUAUCUAUUGUAUGCAAUAUGAAAUCACUGUUCUAUAGAACACCACACAAAUUUAACAAUAAAGAUAUAUAAUAUAAAAUACAUAUCUGUAUACAUAUGUAAGUGUGCAAGAGAGAGUAUGAUAUAUACCAUGCAUUUACCCUGUUACUCAUCAUUGUAACAAUAUGUAUUUACAACAAAUUGAUGUUGUGGUAUACAUCGCUAUGCAUAAUUUGUAAAAUGUUAUCAGAAUGUUUCUUUGUUAAUGUUUUAAUCAUUCUGUUGCUUCUUCACCACCAAUCUGUCGCAUCGAAAAGGAACGAUAUUUUAGACAGGUUUACAGUCUCUCAGCCCAAAUCAAAUUUCCACUGUGUUGAGGUUUAUGUCCUGUUUAUGUGAGUGCUUGUCUUUUUUCCCCCAAGUAUUUAUAGAUCUGUGUAGUUUUAGUGCAGCGUAACUCAA